CUGGUUUUUUCUGCCUGCGGCCAAACUCUCCAUUUCUGGAAGAUCCUCCUUUCCUUUUCUUCUCUUCCUCACUUGCUUCCUCCGUCUCUCUUGUUAAAAUAAUCCAGAAGAUUCGUAGGAGAACAAAGAUAGUCUCUGUUUACUUCUGGAGGCCAAGUCGUUGUUGCCAUUUCGGGCGCACCUUUUAGAGCGUAGGACACUAAUUCUCUUUUCUUUUUCCGCACUCUGGCGCGCUGCUUUAGUUUUCGGAUUCUUGGCGAUCAGACGGUCCGGAAUGGCCGGAUUGAGGUUGAUCAGAGGAAUCGCGCCGCCAGGAGUCGCCGUCGGGGUUGACGUCCGCGGCCACCAUAGCCAGCCGUCGGCGAAGGUGAGCACGGUGGCGCCGCGAGACCCCGGCGGCGGGAUCGCGGUGGAGACGGCGGCGGUGCCGUCGCGGCAGUUGCGGAGGCUGUGGCCGGGAGGAGGAGGAGGAGCAUUGGAGGCGGGAAGCGUAGAGGAGGUUGUCGCAGAGGAGAAAACGGGUGGCGGCGAGGAGGCGGCGGCAGCGGCGGCUGUGGUGGAGCGGCGGAGGUGGAAUUGGGUGCUGAAUAUAUUGCGGGUGCGGUCGCUGUCGGCGGAGGAGGGGGGACGGAAGGAGGAGGGUUGGAGGCGAGGGAGGAAAUGGCGGCCGGCGGUGAUCCGGCGGUGGCGGCGAUGGAGGAGGGAGAUCUGUGCGUUGGGUGCGGACGGUGGCGAUGGCUCGGAGGGGUGCGUCGUCGGGGAAGGAGAUGAGGAGCCGGUUGUGUUCGAUAGGGAGUCCUUCUCGAGGUUUCUCCGAAGGCUCUCGGUGGCGGAGGUGAAGCUCUAUGCCAAGUUGUCGUACCUUGGUAACCUCGCCUAUAUCAUUCCCAAGAUUAAGCCUAAAAACCUCCUGAAAUACCAUGGAUUACGAUUCGUGACUUCAUCAUUGGAGAAAAAAGGCAAGUCUUCAAGCUCUGAUAAGAUUCACAUGCCAUCUCAAGACCAAGGACCAAAAGAGGUGACUGGUGAAGGAGAGGAGAAUGGGAAACAGCAGGAAAAUGGUUCUCCGAUAAGCGCAUCUACUGCCUAUAAGAUUGCAGCAUCUGCUGUGUCUUAUCUGCAAUUGCGGACUAAGGGCAUUCUUCCCUUCGGGUCUACAAAGGCAGAGAGGGCAAAGGAUUCAACUGAAGAAGGCAGAGAAGAUGAAGUGGAAGGUGGUCUUGUGAGUUCUGAGGAGACCUCCUUUUUGGCCACUACGAAUUCAGUCACUGCCAUGGUUGCUGGGAAGGAGGAGAUGAAACAAGCUGUUGCCAAAAACUUGAACUCAUCGCAUUCCUCGCCUUGUGAGUGGUUUAUAUGUGAUGAUGAUAGCAGCAGUACAAGAUACUUUGUCAUUCAGGGUUCUGAGUCGCUGGCUUCUUGGCAAGCAAAUCUUUUAUUUGAACCUAUUCAGUUUGAGGGACUGGAUGUCCUCGUACACAGAGGUAUCUAUGAGGCUGCCAAGGGGAUUUAUCAACAGAUGCUACCAGAAAUUCAAGCUCACUUUCGAUCAUGUGGCAACUCUGCAAAUCUCCGCUUCACUGGCCAUUCUCUUGGUGGAAGCCUUGCACUGCUUGUGAAUCUUAUGUUAUUGAUACGGGGUGAAGCACCUGCCUCAUCCUUACUGCCUGUUAUCACAUUUGGCGCACCAUCCAUUAUGUGUGGAGGUGAUUACUUGCUUCAGAAAUUGGGAUUGCCUAAAAGUCAUGUCCAAGCCAUAACAUUGCAUAGAGAUAUUGUUCCUCGAGCCUUCUCUUGCAAUUAUCCAGAUCAUGUUGCUAAAAUUCUAAAGGCUGUUAAUGGAAACUUCCGCAAUCAUCCAUGUCUGAAGAACCAGAAAAUGCUAUAUGCUCCUAUGGGGAAGCUUUUGAUACUUCAACCUGAAGAAAAGUUUUCACCGCAUCACCAUCUUCUUCCCCCAGGCAGUGGUCUCUACCUCUUGGGUGACUCAUUACUGGAUUCAGAUGAUUCAGCAAGAUUGUUGCAGGCUGCACAGUCUGCAUUCAUCAAUAUCCCACACCCGCUUGAAAUCCUAAGUCAUCGUUCUGCAUAUGGUCCCCAAGGGACUGUUUAUAGAGACCAUAACAUGAAUUCCUACUUGAGAUCAUUCCGUGCAGUCAUCCAUCAGGAGCUCCAACUCAUCAGGAAGGCGAAGAGGGAACAACGUCGCCAAGUGUGGUGGCCUCUUGUAGCUGCACAUGGCCUCCAUGCUAGUAUUAUCACAGGCCAACAUGCUGGAUCAUCCACUUCGACUGAACACCGUUUCAGCUUUGCUGGUGUGCUCCAUGUGGGAAAGGAGACAGUGAAGCAAUUUGGAAGGCUGUUUGCAUCUCAGCAUGUGCAAGUGCUAGUUGUGCUCUUGCUCCCAGCACGACUGUUGCUCCUGCGCACAUUUUCCAUUUUUUAAUUUCAGAUGACUACUUCAUCAGAAAAAAAAAAAA